CUGGGCCGGGAGGCAUGCAGAGGCCAGGUGGCUGGCAGGAUGAGUGUGGAGGCUGGCAGCUCGGGCCGCCGGGCGCAGGCGCCCUUCCACCUGCACAUCUACCCCCAGCUGCCCAGCACCGAGAGCCGGGCCUCGUGCCGUGUGACCGCCACCAAGGACAGCACUGCCUCCGAUGUCAUCCAAGACGUCAUCACCAGCCUGCAGCUGGAUGGCACCAAGUGCUACGUGCUGGCAGAGGUAAAGGAGUCAGGCGGCGAAGAGUGGGUGCUGGAUGCCAACGACUCGCCCGUGCACCGUGUACUGCUGUGGCCGCGGCGGGCGCAGGACGAGCACCCGCAGGAGGACGGCUACUACUUCCUGCUGCAGGAGCGUGACACUGACGGUGCCAUCAAGUAUGUACACAUGCAGCUGGUGGCCCAGGCCACAGCCGCCCGGCGCCUGGUGGAGCGCGGCCUGUUGCCCCGGUCGCAGGCCGACUUUGAUGACCUGUGCAACCUCCCUGAGCUGACGGAGGACAACCUCCUGCAGAAUCUGAAGCGCCGCUUCCUGCAGCAGAAGAUCUACACGUACGCGGGCAGCAUCCUGGUGGCCAUCAACCCCUUCAAGUUUUUGCCCAUCUACAACCCCAAGUACGUGAAGAUGUACGAGAACCAGCAGCUGGGCCGGCUGGAGCCGCAUGUGUUCGCGCUGGCCGAUGUGGCCUACUACGCCAUGCUGCGCAAGCGGGUCAACCAGUGCAUCGUGAUCUCGGGCGAGAGCGGCUCGGGCAAGACCCAGAGCACCAACUUCCUGAUCCACUGCCUCACUGCUCUCAGCCAGAAGGGCUAUGCCAGUGGCGUCGAGAGGACCAUCCUGGGUGCCGGCCCCGUGCUGGAGGCUUUUGGGAAUGCUAAGACGGCCCACAACAACAACUCCAGCCGGUUUGGGAAGUUUAUCCAAGUCAACUACCUGGAGAGCGGCAUCGUGAGAGGAGCUGUUGUCGAAAAAUACCUGCUUGAGAAGUCUCGCCUGGUCUCUCAGGAAAAGGACGAGAGAAACUACCAUGUGUUUUAUUAUUUGUUACUCGGUGUCAGCGAGGAGGAGCGCCAGGAAUUUCAACUCAGGCAGCCUGAAGAUUAUUUCUACCUCAACCAGCAUAACUUGAAGAUUGAAGAUGGAGAAGACCUGAAGCACGACUUCGAAAGGCUCAAGCAGGCCAUGGAGAUGGUGGGCUUCCUCCCUGCCACCAAGAAGCAGAUUUUCUCUGUGCUCUCCGCUAUCCUGUACCUGGGCAACGUCACCUAUAAGAAAAGAGCCACGGGCCGAGAGGAGGGCCUGGAGGUUGGGCCCUCCGAGGUGCUGGACACCCUGUCCCAGCUUCUGAAGGUGAAGCGAGAAAUUCUGGUGGAAGUUCUGACCAAGAGAAAAACAGUGACUGUCAACGACAAGCUGAUUCUCCCCUACAGCCUCAGCGAGGCCAUAACUGCCCGGGACUCCAUGGCCAAGUCACUGUACAGCGCCCUGUUUGACUGGAUUGUGCUGCGGAUCAACCAUGCCCUCCUCAACAAGAAGGACAUGGAAGAGGCCGUCUCGUGCUUGUCUAUCGGGGUCCUGGACAUCUUUGGGUUUGAAGACUUCGAGAGGAACAGCUUUGAGCAGUUCUGCAUCAACUACGCCAACGAGCAGCUGCAGUAUUACUUCAACCAGCACAUUUUCACGCUGGAGCAGGAGGAGUACCAGAGCGAGGGCAUCACCUGGCACAACAUCGACUACACAGACAAUGUCGGCUGCAUCCACCUCAUCAGCAGGAAGCCCACGGGCCUCUUCUACCUGCUGGACGAGGAGAGCAACUUUCCCCACGCCACAAGCCAGACACUGCUGGCCAAGUUCAAGCAGCAGCAUGAGGACAACAAGUACUUCCUAGGCACCCCCGUCAAGGAGCCAGCUUUCAUCAUCCAGCACUUCGCGGGGAAGGUGAAGUACCAGAUCAAGGACUUCCGGGAGAAAAACAUGGACUACAUGCGACCUGACAUCGUGGCCCUGCUGCGGGGCAGUGAAAGCUCCUAUGUGCGUGAGCUCAUCGGCAUGGACCCCGUGGCUGUGUUCCGCUGGGCUGUGCUGCGGGCUGCCAUCCGCGCCAUGGCUGUGCUCCGGGAGGCCGGACGUCUGCGGGCCGAGAGGGCUGAGAAGGCUGUGGGUACGGGCAGCCCUGGCGCCCGAAGUCACCCGGGAGAGCCACCAAAGGGAGCUGGUACCCCGUCGGAGAAGCUUUACCGCGACUUGCAUAGCCAAAUGAUCAAGAGCAUCAAAGGACUGCCCUGGCAGGGCGAGGACCCCCGUAGGCUCCUGCAGUCCCUUGGUCGACUCCAGAAGCCCCGUGCCUUCUUUCUGAAAAGUAAAGGUAUCAAACAAAAGCAGAUCAUUCCAAAGAACCUGCUGGACUCCAAGUCCCUGAAGCUCAUCGUCAGCAUGACGCUGCAUGACCGCACCACCAGGUCCCUGCUGCACCUGCACAAGAAGAAGAAGCCACCCAGCAUCAGCGCCCAGUUCCAGACAUCCCUGAGCAAGCUCCUGGAGGCACUGGGGCAGGCAGAGCCUUUCUUCAUCCGCUGCAUCCGCUCCAACGCCGAGAAGAAAGAGCUGUGCUUCGACGACGGGCUGGUGCUUCAGCAGCUGCGCUACACGGGGAUGCUGGAGACCGUGCGCAUCCGGAGGUCGGGCUACAGCGCCAAGUACACGUUCCAGGAUUUCACAGAGCAGUUCCAGGUGCUGCUGCCCAAGAACGCCCAGCCCUGCAGGGAGGUCAUCGCCACCCUCCUGGAGAAGAUGGACGUGGACAAACGCAGCUACCAGAUUGGGAAGACCAAGGUCUUCAUGAAGGAGCCAGAGCGGCAGGCCCUACAGGAGACGCUGCACCGGGAAGUGGUGCGGAAGAUCCUGUUCCUCCAGAGCUGGUUCCGGAUGGCGCUGGAGCGCCGUCACUUCCUGCAGAUGAAGCGGGCAGCUGUGGCCAUCCAGGCCUGCUGGCGGUCCUACCGUGUCCGCAGGGCACUAGAGAGGGCGCAGGCAGCUGUGACCAUCCAGGCCGCGUGGAGGGGCUUCCGCCAGUGGGCGCUCUACCAGCGCCGGAAACAGAGCAUCGUCCGCCUGCAGAGCCUCUGCCGGGGGCACCUGCAGCGCAAGAGCUUCAGCCAGAUGGUCUUGGAGAAGCAGAAAGCAGAGGAGGCAAUGCGGGAAGCCCAGCAGGCCACGGAGGCACAGGCUGAGGGAUCCAGGCCAGGCCAGGCAGCCAGCAGACUGCACGUGCCUGAGCAGGGCCCAAGGACAUCGGAGGACAGUGGGUACUCAGUAUCAGAGCCGGAGGAGCAGCCAGGCGACCAGUCUCCUGAAGGGCACCCCCCGCCUGAGGAGGAGGCGGCAGACCCGGAGAAGGCUCCUCCAUCUCAGAAAACUGUGGUGGCCGAAAGUCCUGAGAAAACUCCCAGCAGCCGGGAGAAGCGCGAGUCCCGGCGGCAGAGAGGGCUGGAGCACGUGAAGUUCCAGAACAAACACAUCCAGUCUUGCAGGGGAGAAGGCCUCGGAGAACUUUCCGAAAGGGCAACCCAGGAGCAAGGGGAGAGCCUCACAGAGGACAAAGAGAGCAGAGGGGAUGCAACCUCUCUAAAUGCAGAGCUGGAGAGUGAGAGUACAAUGCACAAGCAGCCCAUGGAGCAAGCCUCUGCCGUGGCGACCAGCAUGGUCCCUGGGGAAACCAAGGAGGCACCCCAGGGAGGGGACCCUAGGCUCAGCCAGCUGGAGAGGCCUACUAGCCUGCCUCUGGACAGUAGAGUCAGCCCACCAGCCUCUGGCAGCACCCCAGAGAGCCCCAGGGACAAGGGCACCCUGUGCCGCAGCCCACGGGCCCAGGACAGGCCCGAGAGCCCUGGAGGCGCUGCCCAGAUCCAGCGCUACCUGGACACCGAGCGGCUGGCCAAUGCUGUGGAGCUAUGGCGUGGCAAGAAACUGCUGGCUGCUGGCCCCAGUGCCAUGCUGAGCCAGUCUCUGGACCUCAGUGAGAGGCACCGGGCCACGGGGGCCCUCACACCCACAGAGGAGAGGCGCGUCUCCUUGUCCACAAGUGACGUCUCCAGGCUCCUCCCAUCCCCCUCCAAGACCCAGCCUAGGGCGGAAUCCACUGAUGGGGAGCCGGGUACCAAGAAGCCCGCAGUCCAGAAGAAGAAGUCAGGUGACGCAUCCUCCAGUCCCGACGCAGGACUGUCCCUGGGCUCCCAGGCUGACUCCAGGUCCACGUUUAAGAGGCUUUUCCUGCACAAAACCAAGGAUAAGAAGUACAGCCUGGAGGGCGUGGAUGAAGCGGAGAGCACAGCCUCCGGGCUCGUGGUCCUUGAAGCCGCUGCCAUGAAGAAGGGGCCCGAAGUUCCCGCCAACCACCAGCCCCGCCACGUGGCCAGCGACAGGCACGGCAAGGAGCCAGCAGGCAAGGGAAAGAAGAGCCGAAACCUCAAGAUCGGCAAAAUCACGGUGUCCGAGAGGUGGCGGGAGUCAGUGUUCCGCAAGAUCACCAACGCCAACGAGCUCAAGUUCCUGGACGAGUUCCUGCUCAACAAGGUAAAUGACCUGCGCUCCCAGAAGACCCCCACUGAGAGCCUGUUCAUUGAGGCCACCGAGAAGUUCAGGAGCAACAUCAAAACCAUGUACUCUGUCCCUAAUGGCAAGAUUCACGUGGGCUACAAGGACCUGAUGGAGAACUUCCAGAUCGUGGUCAGCAACCUGGCCUCCGAGUGCGGCGAGAAGGACACCAACCUGGUGCUCAACCUCUUCCAGUCGCUGCUGGAUGAAUUCACCCGCGGCUAUACCCGAAGCGACUUUGAGCCCACCAAGCAGAGCAAAGCUCAGAAGAAGAAGCGGAAGCAGGAGCGUGCUGUCCAGGAGCACAACGGGCACGUCUUCGCCAGCUACCAGGUGAGCAUCCCGCAGUCAUGCGAGCAGUGCCUCUCCUACAUCUGGCUCAUGGACAAGGCCCUACUCUGCAGCGUGUGCAAGAUGACCUGCCACAAGAAGUGUGUGCACAAGAUCCAGAGCCGCUGCUCCUACACACAUGGAAGGAAGGGGGAGCCGGGCACCGAGCCGGGCCACUUCGGGGUGUGUGUGGACAGCCUGACCAGCGACAAGGCCUCAGUGCCUGUGGUGCUGGAGAAGCUCCUGGAGCACGUGGAGAUGCACGGCCUGUACACCGAGGGUCUCUACCGCAAGUCGGGCGCCGCCAACCGCACACGGGAGCUCCGGCAGGCACUGCAGACAGACCCCGCGGCCGUGCGGCUGGAGAGCUUCCCCAUCCACGCUAUCACGGGUGUGCUCAAGCAGUGGCUGCGUGAGCUGCCGGAGCCGCUCAUGACCUUCGCCCACUACAGUGACUUCCUCCGCGCCGUCGAGCUGCCCAAGCAGCAGGAGCAGCUGGCCGCAAUCUAUGCCGUCCUGGAGCACCUCCCGGAAGCCAACCACAACUCCCUGGAGCGCCUGGUCUUCCACCUCGUCAAGGUGGCCCUGCUGGAGGACGUGAACCGCAUGUCACCUGGGGCACUAGCCAUCAUCUUUGCACCCUGCCUCCUGCGUUGCCCUGACAACUCAGAUCCACUGACCAGCAUGAAGGACGUGCUCAAGAUCACCAUGUGUGUAGAGAUGCUGAUCAAGGAGCAGAUGAGGAAGUACAAGGUCAAGAUGGAGGAGAUCAGCCAGCUGGAGGCUGCAGAGAGUAUCGCCUUCCGCAGGCUCUCCCUGCUGCGACAGAAUGCUCCAUGGCCUCUCAAGCUGGGGUUCUCGUCUCCCUCUGAGGGGGUCCUGAACAAGAGCCCUGCAGCCCACGGGAGCCAGGGCGGCCGCGCAGAGGAGUUGGAGGUGCUGCCCGAAGAGGUGGCUGGCAGCGACGAGGACCGCGAGAAGGAGAUCCUCAUUGAGCGCAUCCAGUCCAUCAAGGAGGAAAAGCAAGACAUCACCUACCGGCUGCCAGAGCUGGAUCCGAGGGGCUCGGACGAGGAGAACCUGGACUCGGAGACGUCAGCCAGUGCCGAGAGCCUGCUGGACCAGCGGGCCGUGCAGGGGGCCCUGGAAGGUCAGUAUUGA